UAUCGCUCUCUCUUUGAGAUUAUUUUAUACAUGAUGGUCAGCACUCAUAAAGCCAAAGACUGGCCGUUUCCAAAUGAUCCAGAGCCUAGAGAUGCAGUGCUCCCUCUCUUACGCGUCAAGCCAUGGAUGCCUCUCCACGCUGCUCCAAGAAUUUACCUAAUCAAUGCUCAGGUCAUCGAUACUGAGGAGGGCAAGCUCUUCGAUGGGCUCCAGACUAUCGAGAUCAUCGAUGGUCACAUUGCCUCCAUCGGUCUGACCGACUCAUUCACCUACACGGACACCAAAGCCCCGAAGAUUGAUCUGGACAGCCGAUUUGUCUGUCCAGGUCUCAUCGACGCCCAUGUGCACAUUUCAGCCAUUCCAGGGUCAAACACUAUCGCAGAUAUGGUUCGAACAAACGCUCAAGUGACAACCCUCCGGUCUACAUAUGUCCUCAAAUCGAUGCUCUCAAGAGGCUUUACGACGAUCCGGGAUACGGGCGGAGCAACGAAAGAUACUGCCAAUGCCAUUGCUGAGGGUCUGCUGGAAGGACCCAGAUUGUUUCAAUGCGGUUUCGCGAUCUCUCAGACGGGGGGUCAUGGAGAUUUCUCACCGGCCCAAUCGGGAGGUGAUGGCUUAGGAUGCUGUUCUGGUCAUUCGGGGAGUUUGGGAAGGACAGCAGAUGGUGUACCUGCUGUGCUGAAAGCAACACGCGAGGAGCUCAAACAAGGAGCCGACUUUAUAAAAAUCAUGGUGGGUGGAGGUGUGGCCAGCGAAACGGAUGCUAUAGAGACGGUCCAAUACUCCGCAGAGGAGAUACGAGCGAUCACAUCGACAGCAUGGCAAAUGGGGAAAAAAAUGUGCACUGCGCAUGCUUACACGCCCGAAGCGAUCGAACACGCAGUAUCGAAUGGCGUCAGAGGGAUCGAGCAUGGGAAUUUGAUAGAGCAGAAAACGGCCGAGAUGAUGGCUCGGAAAGGGAUCUACCUUACGCCCACGCUCAGCUGUUAUGGAAUCAUGGUCAGAAGGCCUUUUGAAAACUUUUUACCGCCGAGCGGUCAGAUCAAGAACAAGCAAGUCAUGCAGCAGGGUUUGGAAGCCCUCAGAAUGGCCGACGAAGCGGGAGUAACAAUAUGCUACGGGUCAGAUCUGUUGAUCUCGAUGCACGCUCUCCAAACCGAAGAGUUUACAGUCAGGUCCAGAAUUCUACCUGCAGCCAAGAUCCUCAAGCACGCUACCGUAAAUCCCGCCAAGAUGUUGGGGCAAGAAGGCAAGCUUGGCGUGGUCCGUCAGGGGGCGUUUGGGGAUCUCAUCGUAUUGAAAAAGAACCCCUUGGAGGAUAUAUGUGUGCUCGAUCGUCCAGAGGAAAACCUGAUAGCGGUCAUCAAAGAGGGACGGCUAGUCAGCGGGGAGCUUGUUGGAUUCCCAAAGUGAAACGCAAGCGGAAGGAAUCCUUAAAUUCGUCUAAUCGUACAGUGCCGUGUCUGCAUCAGAAUGGCAAACCUCGUCACCUCUGAG